CUCGCUUUCCCCCUCCCCUCCCGCACCUCUCCUCCCUCCCGCUCCUGGGAAAGAGAGAAGCCACCACUGCGGGUGGCUGGAGAAGCACUCGGCGCCUCCCGGAGGGUACCGCGCCCGCCCAAUCUGAGCCUCGGAGCACUGCCGGACCAGGUUACCAAAUACCCUCCUAUGUUUGAGAUCCACAGACUACAUGCCCUACAAGAACAAAUCAAUGAUUUUUCAUCUCCUGGAGAUACAUUAGAAACAUAAAUAUGGUGUCAAAAGAUCUCCUUACUUUUCUCUGACUACGGUUUAUUUGGACGUACUUUUGUAUUGAAGAGAAUUAUACGGACUGAGGCUACUUGUGCAGAGACUCUGUCGUGUAAAAUCAUGGACCAUCCUAGUAGGGAGAAGGAUGAAAGACAACGGACAACUAAACCCAUGGCACAAAGGAGUACACACUGUCCCCGACCAUCUGGCACCUCAACGUCCUCUGGGGUUCUUAUGGUGGGACCCAACUUCAGGGUUGGCAAGAAGAUAGGGUGUGGGAACUUCGGAGAGCUCAGAUUAGGUAAAAAUCUCUACACCAAUGAAUAUGUAGCUAUCAAACUGGAACCAAUAAAAUCACGUGCUCCACAGCUUCAUUUAGAGUACAGGUUUUAUAAACAGCUCGGCAGUGCAGGUGAAGGUCUUCCACAGGUGUAUUACUUCGGACCAUGUGGGAAAUAUAAUGCCAUGGUGCUGGAGCUCCUUGGCCCUAGCUUGGAGGAUUUGUUUGACCUCUGUGACCGAACUUUUACUUUGAAGACGGUGUUAAUGAUAGCCAUCCAGUUGCUUUCUCGAAUGGAGUAUGUGCACUCAAAGAAUCUCAUUUACCGAGAUGUGAAGCCAGAGAACUUCCUGAUUGGCCGACAAGGCAAUAAGAAAGAGCAUGUUAUACACAUUAUAGACUUUGGACUAGCCAAGGAGUACAUUGACCCUGAAACCAAAAAACACAUACCUUACAGGGAGCACAAAAGUUUAACUGGAACUGCAAGAUAUAUGUCUAUCAACACGCAUCUUGGCAAAGAGCAAAGCCGGCGGGAUGAUUUGGAAGCCCUAGGCCAUAUGUUCAUGUAUUUCCUUCGAGGCAGCCUACCCUGGCAAGGACUCAAGGCUGAUACAUUAAAAGAGAGAUAUCAAAAAAUUGGUGACACCAAAAGGAAUACUCCCAUUGAAGCUCUCUGUGAAAACUUUCCAGAAGAGAUGGCAUCCUACCUGCGAUAUGUCAGGCGAUUAGACUUCUUUGAAAAACCUGACUAUGAGUAUUUACGGACACUCUUCACAGACCUCUUUGAAAGGAAAGGCUACACCUUCGACUAUGCCUACGAUUGGGUCGGGAGGCCUAUUCCUACUCCAGUAGGGUCAGUUCACGUAGAUUCUGGCGCGUCUGCAAUAACUCGAGAAAGCCACACGCACAGGGACCGGCCAUCACAGCCACCUCUGCGAAAUCAGGUGGUUAGCUCAACCAACGGAGAGCUGAAUGUCGAUGACCCCACGGGAGCCCACUCCAAUGCACCAAUCACAGCUCACGCCGAGGUGGAGGUAGUCGAGGAAGCUAAGUGCUGCUGUUUCUUUAAGAGGAAAAGGAAGAAGACUGCCCAGCGCCACAAGUGACCAGUGCCUCCCAGGAGUCCUCAGGCCCUGGGGACUCUAACUUGAUUGCACCUGCAGCUCCUGCCACUUUUCACUGGAAGGGACUCCUCUGUGGGGGAGGGUAGAGAUCCAAACCAAAAAGAAGAAAACAGAUGCCCCCAGAAGGAGCCAGUGCGGGCAGCCAGGGCCCAGUAGGUCAUUGGCCACCCCGCCUGCCUAAAGCUCUGAGCAGGUCCCAGAGCUGCUGCUCCUCCACUGAUUGCCCUUGGGGGGCUGCCUGGUUGACUCUCCUUCCUAUUGUUUACAGUGAAGGUGUCAUUCACAAAAACUCAAGGACUACUAUUACUAUUCUCUUCCCUCCCCGGUAGUUUACUCCUGGUUCUUGCCCCACCCUCAACCCUCUCCAGCAUAAAAGCUAGUGAGUUACAGGCUUUGUCUGCUGAAGGGUCUCCAGAGGCUGGGGGUGUGGCCAAGGAGGCAGGGGGAAGACGGCAGGCCUGGGCAGGAGAAGAACCUUCUCCAGCUACCAGGGUGCGUGGCAGUAUGUGGCUCCCUCCUCCUCUGUGCCUGCACAGCCUCCAGCCCCAGCUGGCCACGGGGUGCAGGUUCCUCCCUCCCCUGCUCCCUCCUAUGAAGUUACACUGUUGGACAAGCUGUGAGAAAUCUGCAGUCUACUGUCCCCGCGUGCUGGCAUUCUUUGCUCUCUUGACAAGCGAACUCUGUUCUCCAGAUGGUAGUAGGACAAUGCAAUUGUUCUGAGCAAAGGAAAAAAAAACUGACUUUAUUGCACUUUUAGUUUUUGUUUUUGUUUUGUUUUUUAACAAAAAAUAUGGCAGAUGCAUAUUGUGUCUGGUUAUAUUGGGAGUUUUACUUUUUUUGUUUUGAGGGGGAUGGGGCCAGCCAAGCCAUUCAGAGAGAACAUGGGUCCAGAGGACAUGCUCAGUGGAAAAAGUUGGGUCUGCAGCACCCAGAAGAGAAGAAGCCAAACUCUGUGUCAUUCUGAGUAAACGCUCAGGUUGGCAAGGAAACAUACUUGAAUACUCAUUCAUCUUCUCAACUGCUGAAGAAUGUCCCUACCAGAACCUCUUGACCUCAUCAGCCUACAGUUUGGACACCCUUGCUCUCCAGCACAUGGGAUGAUCCAGCCAAGCCAGACUGUGACCAGAAGGAGAUGCUUGACAAAAAAAUUGGAAAUAAUCAGUUUCCUCCACUGCCAGGGACUUCCACCUAAAUAGCCAUGUGACUUCCAUAGUAACUUGGGGGACAGAUUAGUGAUGAAAGAGCCACUGCCAUAUUGCCACUAGUGGACAAGAAGAGGAGGAACGUGAGCCUGCCUUCCAACUGCCAGAAGAACCUCAGGAUUUGGUAUCAUAGGGCCAGGAAAUAAAAUCGGCGUGUACUGUCUGCCCCAAUAGCUGAGUGAUAGCUUUUGGGCUGGCCUGCCUUACUAGAAAGCACCCACAGAUCUUCUCCCAGCAGGUCCACAGCAGCAGGCUGAGGACUGAGCAUGUGGGGCUGUCGUGAACAGGAGGAUAAGAUUGGUUGGUGCUGGAAAAUUCCAGGGGAAAGGAUACUGAAAUGAAAGGUCUGAAAUUAUCUUCUCAACUGGAUGUAGACUUCUUCCAAAUAAGAUGGCCACGUAUCAAGAGCAUGUUUUCCCCAGUCCACUGUCGGCCUUCCCAUGUGGGGUAGUCAGCGAACCUACUACCGUGAAGGGUCUUGGUUCUUCAUUCACUGCUUGGAAAGUCAUCAAUAUGUGGAAUUAAUCUCAUUGUGCUCAAUUUUCAUUUGAGCUCAGCGGAUUUGCAAACAGUGAUCUCAUUCCAGAUGUGAUAGAGGAGAAAGAAUCACGUCAGGGAACAAGGCCUUGUGUCUGGGAGUAGGGAGAGCUAACCAUGGAGUACCAGAGGCUGGCGGUUUGGGGAACAUAGAAAACAGUGCCUCUGGCUUGAGGUGGAGGGCCAUCUUUUGGACUGGAGGAUGUGGGGAUACUUUCUGGUAGUUGGCAUGUCCUGACAAGUCCCUUGAUGCAUCUCACAUGGAGCAAAAAUAGCAGUCGCAUGGAUCAGAGUUUCUGGGCUGUAGCCGUUCCAUUGGGCCUUGGCUAGGAAGUAUCACUUUACUGGCUCCAGACCCGCUCAGCUCAUGUGUAGAUCGCGAUCUUUCAUUUCUUUAAAAGAAAUUUUCCUGUAUACAGAACAGAGUGACUGGGAGACACAGUGUCACAUCCCUUUUCCACAAGGAUUUUGACUAUUGCUUCUUCGAUAUUACCUAGUGGUUAAGGCACCAUCAUGGAAACUUAUUUCUUAAUUGGCAUUUGGGCAACUUGAAUUUCCUGUAUAGUAUCUUUAACUUCCUUAUCCCUUGUUUCUCUCUCAAAGGAGGGUAAGGGAAAGUGGUGACAAAGCCUCUAGCAUCCUGGCACUCCAUACCCACUAAGUGCCUCCCCACCUCUGCUUCCACAAAAAAGCAAAGGCAGUGACCAGCUUGGCUCAGGGCAGGCCCCCUGCGGCUGGGUUUGUGACUUUAUUUUGGGCUUAAAUGUUUUUAAAGGCUAGCCCUUGAGGGGUUUAAACCUAAGCAGUUAUGGGGGUUCCUUCCUAAUGCACUGUUCUUUCUCUGCCCCCCCCACAUCUCUUACUAGGUAUGUGAUUUUCAUAACAAAGGCCAUUAGCACUCCAAGGUGGUCCCAGACCCCAGAGAGAUUCUAUUGCAAUCUUCCUGAAAAAUAAAAAGCGAAUAAAAAGACUACCUAAGGAAUAAUUUGGCCAUCAGUACCAUCCCCACCAGCACAUCAGGGCUCCCUUCUCCACCCGUUUGCUAUAUUUGCUUAGCGCUGUGCCUCAGCCAGGCCCCCGAGGCUGGGCACCCCCUCCACCCACCAGCCACCCCAGUCCGCUCACUGCAGUUUUUUGAGCUUUCUCCAUUUCUCAACAUGGUGCCUAGGGAUCUUUUCUUUGGGAUUGUUGCGGUUGCUUCUGAGUUAGCAGUAAGUAUUAACAGCAUCUGUUCAUUAAAAAACCCUUACUACAUGCCACCAGGAGUUCUCCCGAGCCCUGCGGCCCCUCUGGCAUUGUAUCCUGAGCAGAUUGAGGGAGGCAGGCCAGCGAUCCAGCCAGGCAUAAACGGUCCUUCUGUAUGCCCAGAGGAUGACCGGCGUCUGCGCAGUCGGGCGUUGCAAGGGUUGAACCCUUGCCACACACACGUGCCAUUUCCCAGGGAUCUCACUCUGGACUCCUCUGCAAGGGCAGGCAGUGUGCCAGCAGCCACUAUGCUCUCGUGACCGCCUUAAUGAACAUUCUGCUGUACUGGGUCUGUCGAGGAGUAAACAGAGUCUAAGAAGGUACAAGUCAAGGGACUCGGCUGACCUCCAGUUCAAGUUCCAUUUCACUCUGACCCGCAGGGGCAACAGGAGAUGGCAGGAUCCUGGAGUUUUCAGUAGUGGUGUUGAUUUGCCUGUUUAUGUCCAUGAACUCCGAGUACAAAGAAAACAGCCCCCGCCGGAAGCCAGAAGAGGGUCCAUCGCCUCUUUAUCCCAACGUAGUUCACUGGAAGUGUAUGCUGAUGGUGCAUAUUCAGUGUUGAUUCUCAGUGCGAGUAACCAUCUUUAAUGUCAGAAAUACGCAGUGAUGGUAAUGUAUGUCGGAGUGGUUACUAAAGAUCAUAGCCUUAAAUUUUUCAUAUGCAAAAGAUAGAAUUUAUCCCCCCUCUCCCCCCGCCCAGUGAGCAAGGCAUGGCCUGCGUUUCUCAAAAACAGCCCAGAAAGCAUCUCAAAGGAACGUAUUCUUCUGAUGCAUCUCUCCCAAUUCCACCUGCUUCGUGUGUGUCCCAGUCACCUCUUUCAUUUUCAUAUUUAAGCCAGUUUUCCAUCCCCAGUGAGUUGCCCUGACAAUAUCAUCUCCAGUGUCAGCCACGUUAGGGCUAGAGUCCCUCAGAUUGGGAGCUUAGAGCACCAUCUGGCCAACAUUGCCUUUGCCAGUCCACUGCCACCCUCCCCACACUGCCCCAAGCUGGGUGGAUGAAUUCCAGCAACCCUUAGGGAGCCAGCGUCACAUGGCACCCCGUCUGGAUUGGCCAUAUGAGCAACAGGCACUUGUCUCUGGGGUUCUUGCUUUUGCCAACUCCAGACCUCUGGGAAAGCCCUGUCUAGAGAUUGAUGGCCAGUGACUCCCAGUCUUCCCUGUGAUGGGUCAGCAGGAAUCGAAAUGAGAUCCAUAUAGUUUUGUUGUCUUGUUUGGGGGCUGGGGUGGGGGUGAGGGGUGGCUUCGUUUCUGAAUCUUAAAAAAAGGAAACCACGGCCCUUGUGAGGGUUUACAGAGUUUUGAGCAGUUUUUAGCCACAAAUAAGGAAUCUUGAAAGUCUUCAAUCAAUUAAGCAGUCUUAAAAACAGGUUUCUCAUAACUACUUUUGCAGGUGACUGAGUGCAAAAGAAUAGGUUUCUCCAUUGUAUUCAAAAUAGUAAGUAGGUUCCCUGGAUAUAGACAGUAGUAGUUGACAGAUUUCCUUAAAAAGCAACCCACCCCAGUACUUGUAGAUCAGCUUACAAAGGAAAAAGUGAACGUGUACUCCAUAUAUUUUUAGUUUUGUUACCAAACUUGAUGUUAUAAAGAAACCUUGUUCUGUGGACAGAAUUUCUUUUGUUACUUUCCUCUUUGUCCUCACAAUCAUAUUUCCAGUGCCAUCACCACCUUCAAUGUCUCAGAGCAGAGGGUUAUCCAUGGUAAUGUGGGGGUGCAGUGCACUCAUCCCGAUAACACACGAGGACAGCUGCCUGACUGCCCCUUCCCUGCAAACCCCCCUCUUUCAGGGCAGGUGAGACAUUUUCAGUGUUCCUCUUCAUGAGCUCCAGACCAAAUCCCAGGCCAGCCCUUGCACCGAAAGCUUUCUUUAAGAGGUUUGUCAAUCUGUUAGGAAUGUCUCAGGAAAAAUGAGCCAUUUCUUUGGGGGGAAAUACACUUACAAAUGGGUGUAUGUGGUUGCACUUGUAUGCCUGUGUGUGUGUGUGUGUGUGCACGCGCAUUCGUGCACAUUCUCAUCUGUGCAUUUCACUUCCAUAAAGACUUACAGCCCAGGCCGCUGGGAACAUGUGUUACUGCAUAUUCUCAGAAGUAAACAACUAACAAGUGAGCUUCUCGAAUUAGUGUCACAGGAAGCUGGCUCUGGGAAUGAGCCCCAUUUAUCGAGCAGAAGAGUAAACAGCAGAAAAGAUAAGAGAUGAAACCAAAAAUAUAACCACCCCCCCAAUGGAAAGUAAUGUUGAUUCAUCAAUUCCCAUUGGAUAUAUUACAUGCUCUAAUUUAUUAUAUUAUUAUUUUGUCUGUUUCUUUAAUCUUUGCCCAUUGUACUUAAAAGAAGAUGUUGGGAUUUGAUUGCAAUUUUUUUAAGACUAGAUGAUGUAUAAAUCAGCUGUGGAAAUCAGUUUUAAUUGCUGUGUGGAUGUGUCUGAUUAUUGUUAAAUUUUUUUUU